CUCGCGAACACACACGAAACCAUGUCGGGCGAGGACAUCUUCACCGACAAGUUCAGCCAUGGCUUCGAGAUUGCCCUGGGUCUCUUCGUGGCGCUGUCGACCAUCUUCACACUCGUGCUGCUGACAUUGCCCUCCCAAUAUGACCCUUACCAAGACAAGCCGCUUACCUUUGUCGAUGAGGAGGGCAACGAGGUGAAAGUGAAGAGGAGAGAUGGAAGCGACCCGUUGCAGUUCAAACAAGGCAGGACUGUUCAGGUUGUUGUUCUGGGAGACAUUGGACGGUCGCCGCGGAUGCAGUACCACGCACUGAGCAUUGCCAAACACGGUGGGAGAGUCUUUCUGAUCGGAUACCAGGAAUCAGAGAUACAUCCAGACAUUGUCUCCAACCCUUUUAUCGAGAUCAUCCCAUUGACCCCAGCUCCCUCUUUCCUGCGUUCCAGCAGCAAGCUUCUGUUUCCCAUCCUGGCGCCACUGAAAGCUCUCUGGCAGGCCAGGUCACUCUACAGAGCAGUGGGAUAUCGCUCUGAACCAGGACGAUGGAUGCUAGUCCAGAACCCUCCGUCGAUACCGACCCUCGCCAUAGCAUCUCUCGUUUGCUUCCUCCGAAACACUGACCUAGUCAUUGACUGGCACAACUUUGGCUACUCAAUCCUAGCGCUCAAACUGGGAAAAACUCACCCUCUUGUCAAAAUAUCCGCAUGGUACGAGAAAGUCUUCGCAAAAGCAGCACGACACCAUAUCACCGUCACCGACGCCAUGGCCCGCGUGCUCAAGGACGAGUAUAGAGUAACAGCCCAAUCCCUCCACGACCGCCCAGCCUCCAUGUUCCGCCCCAUCAGCUCCCAGUCACGCCUGAAAUUCCUCUCCCGCCUCCCCGAAACAGCACAACACGCACAGGACCUCUCCCCCUCGUCAAAAACACCCUGGAAGCUCAUCGUAAGCCCCACAUCCUGGACCGCAGACGAAGACUUUUCCCUCCUACUCGACGCGCUGAGCGCCUACUCCGCACAAGUCCCCUCCAACCCCCACCUCCCACGCAUCCUCGCCAUCAUCACCGGCAAAGGGCCGUUGAAAGAGCACUACCUAGCCCAAGUCCGCGCCCUCAACCAAGCCAACAAACUCGUCAACGUCGUCAUCCAAACCGCGUGGCUCACGCCAGAAGACUACGCCCUGCUCCUCGCAUCCGCCGAUCUGGGCGUCUCCCUGCACACCUCGUCCUCGGGCGUCGAUCUGCCCAUGAAAGUCGUCGAUAUGUUCGGCGCGGGCCUCCCGGUCGUCGGCUGGGGCGACUUCGAAGCAUGGCCUGAGCUCGUGCAGGAGGACGUGAACGGUAAGGGAUUCGCCAGCUCGCUGCAGCUGACCGAGCAGCUGGUCAGCCUGUUUGGCGAGGCGGAUGGGCUACUGAGCACACUGAAGGACGGCGCGCUCAAGGAGAGUGGGAAUAGAUGGGAUGACGAGUGGGACCGUGUGGGCGGAGAGCUGUUCCGUUUCAACUGAACGCGUUGAGCGUAAUGCGUGAUGUUGGAUUGUGUUGGGCUGGUAGCGAACUGUACGUGGUACUGUCUGAAACAGUGGGGUACGGGCUCACUGGUAUUAAACCUUCUUUGAUAAGGAUAAAGUUGAAUUCAAUCACGCCAUGGAAACUUUGCUUUUCUCCCCGGACUCAACGUGUACUACCUCGCUACUCAUGACCAUGUUAUAUUCCCUGCUCAACAUUGUUCUAUAAAACCCACCAUUUCAUUCCCAUACAUCCAUACCCUCCAUCUUCCCCCUCAUCUAAAUGGCGAACUCCCGCCCACAUACCACGGUCCACAGCCGCGAGCCCGGCUCCGGCUCUCGCUCUGAACCUUUGUACAAGGUCAUGAAGAUACACGGCUCGGGUUUAGUCCCAGUUGUGGUUCUAUUUCCGUCUCCAUCUCCGU